CGUCUCUCUUCCUCUCAGCUCCCCUGUCCCGCCUUCUUCGCUUUUCCUCUCACUCUUCUCUAAUCCGAUCAGUUUUUCCGCUCCCAUUUCUAUCGAUCAUCAAUUCCAAUGAGGCCCCAUUUCGCUAAGUUGUGAAAAAUGUCUCAAAGUUCAGAGACAAUGAGGGUAACCCCACCUGGGAUUUCCCUCGUCAGAGCCAUUAGAGGUAAAGAUUGGAGCCUUUCGAGUUAUAGAUAUGUGAUGCUGUUAGUUACUUUUGUAGCCUAUGCAUGUUACCAUGCUUCCCGAAAGCCCAGUAGUAUAGUCAAGAGCGUUUUGUAUCCGGACCCGACUAAAGUUAAUGGUUUGAUCCCGGACCCGAAUGCGGUCAGUGGUUUCUAUCCUUGGCCGAUUGGUGAAAUUUUCGUGAAGAAGGAAGAAUUUGGUAACGAGUACAGAAACGGGUCGCGAGAAAAGGGUUGGGCUCCGUUUAAUGGGAAAGAUGGGACAUCAAAGUUGGGGGAGAUUGAUCUAGCUUUUUUGGCAUGUUAUUCUUUGGGGAUGUACGUAGCUGGGCAUUUGGGGGACACUUUGGAUCUCCGGUUGUUCUUGACGACAGGGAUGAUUGGAAGUGGGAUUUUUGUGGGUUUGUUUGGAAUGGGAUAUUUCUGGAAUGUUCACUCUUUUGGGUUUUAUCUAGUCAUGCAAAUGGUGGCCGGGUUGUUUCAGGCCACGGGGUGGCCUUCGGUGGUGGCGGUGGUCGGAAACUGGUUUGGGAAGAGGAAGAGGGGUUUGAUAAUGGGUGUUUGGAAUGCUCAUACAUCGGUUGGUAACAUAAGCGGUUCACUUCUGGCUGCUAGCGUUUUGGAGUUUGGUUGGGGCUGGUCUUUCAUUGUUCCAGGUGGGUUGAUAGUGAUGGGAGGGAUUCUUGUUUACCUGUUCUUAGCUGCUUAUCCUGAGGAUGUUGGAUUCUCGUUUUCUCAAGGUUCAGCUACAAACGAGGAAGAAGCUCGCAGUGAGAAAGGGGCAAGUAAUGGGGGUAUUCCUCCACAUGGGUCAGUGAGUAGAAGUAGUGUUGGACUUCUUCAGGCCUGUAUGAUACCGGGUGUGAUACCUUUUGCUUUGUGCCUCUUCUUUGCGAAGCUUGUGGCCUACACCUUUCUCUACUGGUUACCCUUUUAUUUAAGCCAGACAGAAAUUGGUGGGGAGUAUGUUUCGGUAAAAUCUGCUGGAAAUCUUUCUACUCUAUUUGAUGUAGGGGGCAUUUUUGGUGGAAUCCUUGCUGGAUAUAUAUCUGAUAAGCUCCAUGCUCGGGCUACAACAGCAGCCAGCUUCAUGUAUGCUGCAAUUCCUUCCAUUCUUUUAUAUCGCUCAUAUGGGAACAUUUCAAAAACUGUCAACAUUGUUCUUAUGAUGAUUGCUGGCUUGUUUGUAAAUGGACCCUAUGCACUUAUCACCACUGCAGUUUCUGCGGACCUUGGUACACACAGUUCUCUUAGAGGGGAUUCUAGAGCACUGGCCACAGUUACUGCCAUUAUUGAUGGCACUGGAUCUGUUGGUGCAGCUAUUGGGCCUCUACUUACUGGCUUUCUUUCAUCAAAAGGAUGGGAUACGGUAUUUGUGAUGCUUAUGGUUGGGGCUCUUGUUGCUGGACUACUGUUAUCACGUCUGGUUGUGGCCGAAAUUUCUGAGAGAACAUGCAAACAGUUGCCUGUUUCCAACGGGCAACAAAAUUGUGGAGCUUCUGCAUCUCAACCACUUUUAGGUGACCAAAGGUGAUUUUUAAAUGAUUUGGCCUCGAGAAAUUUUGUGAUAACUGAAGAGACUCAGAUUUAAGUGUCCAAGAUGUAGCUGGUCGCUUCGAGAACUUUUCCCAGGUUUGCAAAUAUCAGCACGAUAUCAAAAGCCAGGUUGUUCUUUUGGUCAUAAUAUAUCAUUAAACAAAAGUAGAGCACAAGUUUUUCAGAUAAUUUAAAUGGUGUUGGAUAGUUCCUUUUGGCAUUUACUGUAUGUAAUAUGUGCAUACCUGUAAUUGUAUCAACAUUUUGUUUAAUAUGCUUCAUCCAUGUCGGGCUCUUCCAAGCUGGCAUGGCAUAUCCACACAGACCACAGACUGAGUUCAAGCAAGUGCUGUUAUAGCUUUUGAAAAAUGCCCAAUAAAAUGGUUUUUGUUUA